UGCCUAUGCACAGGACAGAAGGAGGGAGUUUCGAGAUCGAGAAGGGAACAUCGAAGGCGAAUAGGGAUAUUUCGGUUUGGCGUGGGAGUAGCAAAGUAGUGGGAUCUCGCGCGCUCGUCAAACCACAGUUUGGCGAAUUUUCCCGCACUGUCAAGUGCUCUGUUUUAGUGCCCACAAUAUUAUCCAAUACGAGAGAAUUACCGGUAAUGUGAUUUUUUAUCUGGAUUUUUGACUUUCAAUUCGUGAUCAAUCAUGGAUGCUGAACCGUACGCUCCAAACAGUGAUAUAGUCGACUAUCAUCAAGAUGGAGAUCACCAUGCCAGCGUGUUUGGGGCCUACCAUAGGAAGUUUUUUGAACAGUCUGUCACACUGACAGCCAAAAUGUGGCCUCAGGACAAUGGGACGGCAGCUACAUCGAAAUGGCUUUGGCGGUGGGGCAGCUGGCGUGUGCCCUCCGAGGACCUGCCCCUGUUUGUGGGCAUAUUCUGCGGCAUCACACUUGUUCUGCUUCUAGUGGCUGUUAUAAUCCUAUGGCGUUGCUGUGUGGCGCCUCAUCGCAAUAAAGAAUAUCGUGUCAGACUAGGAGACCUGAGUCCCACUCAAUCUGGACCCGUUGUGCCCGUUUUACCUAGCCACUCGGCAGUGUUUGCGCAUGCGAAGUGCGGAGGCCAGUCGCAGUGGAGCUACGACAGCCGGUUGGUGGGAGAUCCGCUAAGCACCGGUUCCAGCCAGCACUGGUUCUACAACGCGCAUGUGCUCAACCUCACCCCCACCAGCCUCGAGUGCAGUGUGCCGCGCUCUGUCAGUGUGCCCACGCACCAACAUCAGACAAUACAAGACGCUGAACAUCGGCCUCCUAGACCACUGAGUCAGCCAGCAGCUUUAUCCCCCAGAGCCAGGGCCAGCCUCGACCUGGGCCCUUGUUCGUUACCUCAGAUAUCCGAGUUCAAUCCUCAGGACAGCAGUCUACACGUGUCCAGUAGUGUUCUAGACCACUAUGGCUCAAGGAACCUGUUUCCGCCAUCCUACGGGGCUACCAUGUUGAAAACACGUAGUCUUCCGGCGUGUGUGAGGUCCAAAGCACGCCCCCAUUCCACGGCCGACGAUCCAGCCGAACUCUAUGCCAAGGUAAACUUCAGUAAAAAGCGGAAAAAUCGCAUGCGUAACGACGAAGCGGCUAUUAUAGCUUUAAGCAAAUCGCGAAGUCAAUUCUUGUUCAAGGAUACAGACUCCUUGGUAGAUAAUGAGGCUGUCGUCGUUUAUGACGAACGGACUGCGUUAUAGCUGUGAUCUAAAAAACAAUAAUUAUUUACGACUCAAAAAAAGUACAACGGUGCUAAAGAAAUACAAUAAUUUUUCAAUAAUCGAUCAUAAUCAAAAGUUUUUUGUAAAUAUGAUACUGGUAGUAUAGUGUUAAUUGUUUACUAAUAAGCACAAGACUGCUGCAAUUUUGUUCUUUGUAAUAUUGUUAUGUAUAUACCACCAUUUAUAAUAAAUGUGUUCAUUAUCUAGCA